AUGCACCGAUCCUUCCGGAAAAUGACGCCACUGGCCGUCAACCAUCCGGAGCAGCUCCCCUGUCUCAUGAGCGAUAUCUAUCACGAUGACCAAAGGGUUGGCGAGCCGUGUUGUGACCCGAUGGGUCGAACCGGGGAGACCGGACGGGUCGAGCUCCACCUCCUUUCCUCUUGUGCACUAUUGAUGGUUAUGGACGUGGUGGCAACACGGGGUGAAGAAUUAGUGUCGGGAUCAGCGCCAGGAGCCUUCCUUCCGUGCCGCAGAGCAUCGUCCUUUCCCUACUUCGGAUCCCCUGAGCACGACCAUAUCUUCUCCCCGUCACACCUACGGUCUCAAAGCGCUUCUGAAGGGCUCAAUCGGAUUGCUGAAAAGCACAGUUAUGGAUACUGUAGCGCUAUUCCCGGGCCAAUGAGAGCGUUUGAAUUGCACACCACCCCACUUUACGACUACGCCGAAGAAGCUUCACCUCCGGACAGCGAGACCACUUUCUUCCCAAUGACUGGUUUUGACGAUGAGCUGACCCUCACUUAUGCACCGCUAAUACGUAAGAAGUCCGUCCGUUUUGCGGAUGACUGCGGCGAGGAGUUGUGUACGGUAAAGGUGAUGACCGAACCUCAGUACCACCCACCGUCGAUCCCAGAACAUGUCUUGAGAAGGCAUCAUGCCGAUCUGUCCUACCUCCAAGAAGAAAAGACACAGCCAACGACGCUCUGGAUACCAAUGUUCACUCAACCUGCCGCAGAUUUUGUAAAGUUCCGGGAAAGAUUGGACACAAGCAACGUUGCACUGGAAAACGUAGUCAUGCGCAACGAACUGCGAAAGCUGGAGGGUACGAUCAAGGUGACCAACAUUGCCUUUGAGAAGAAGGUGCUCGUUCGGUUCACGACGAACGGUUGGCGAUCGUACAACGAGAAAGCAGCCGUCUUUCAGCCGUCCACCAGCAAAACGUACGAUACGUUCGCGUUUGAGCUCGAGCUGCCAGCAGUUGCGCCAAAGGAUUCCCUACUCGAAUUCUGCAUCCGAUACGAUACGGCCGGGCUUCAAUUCUGGGAUUCGAACUUGGGCGCUAACUACAAGCUGAAAUGUGCGACAUCGGCGCCAGCCUCUGCACCACAGAAAACGCCGAAAAUUACAAGCCGCAGCCGACUCGACAGCGACGAUGCCUACCGAUUUGACUACGACAAUUGGACGAAAUUCGCAUCGUGGAAGCAGCUGAGCACAGAUGGUCCCUACUGG